AUGUCCCUUGAUUUCGAAAUAGAAUCUUGGAUUCAAAAGAUCGAUCCGUCCUCAAAACCUAUCGCGCGCAAAGAAGAGCCUUCUGGAAAACGCCGUCGCCUCAACACACUCACACAAGACGCGUCGGAAAGUGAAAAGAAGAUGAAUUCUGUACGAAGUCGAAGUCAUCAUUCCUCAAAACGCGCUCAUAGCGAUGAUUUUGAAACACCGCGCCCGAUGAGGCGAAUGAGGACACCAAGAACCGAAUCCGGUACCUCGUUGUCUUUGACUCAGUCACGCGUCUCACAACAAUCGGAUUUAUCUUCGCCUACUGAGCAACUACGCGCCCUUCAACUUCACAGCAGAGGUGUCGUGGCCAAGCAACUGAGUGCUUUCCACGAUAAACCUGCUGCAUUGGAAGCUCUCUUAGAUAAAAUUGACCUGGUUUCUUCAGGAAUUGGGAUCUUGCCGACUUCUCACGUGUCGCUCUUCAGUCAUCUCGAUAGAGAGACUUAUAGUGAUUUCAAAUGGACUCAAAACCCAGUUCUCAGCAAGUUCCUCUUUUCGAAUGACCGCGAUGAGAUUGGUCAUACACCUCCGCCUGAGACUAUUCAGUGGAUUCUACAUGAGGCAGCUUUUUGCGACAGCAAAGGCUGUUCCAAAACAGAUUGGAACACCGAAGUCCACCAUCGCGUCCUUGAAGCUGCGUUGAGGCCGUUACACGGUCCGCGGAGAGACCAACUCCUCGACUUUCGACUUAGUUCGAACGCUUCCAUCAUCAACGAGUAUCAUGUCACGUCAGCAUCUAAGAGAGUUGACUUUUGCAUGUACAUCGACCCCAAACAGGAUAAGAGAAUGGGAGUUGUCGAGAUCAUUGAGACUAUCAGGGAGAUUCUACCGAUGGGCAUGUUUAACCACGCAAAUCUGAGUCCGCUCUCGGACAAUCCAAUCGCUAUUAGUAUUGAAACCAUGAAAACGACCGGCGAAGGCUGGGAGAACGCUAGGCUCCAGAUGGAAGUUUGGAUGGCAGCCCAAUGGCAAUUUCUUCGGCAACUCCUCGAAAUGAGACAACACGCUGCAGACAAGCUGUCUGUGUUGAGAUCAAGAGCCGGUGAAAUGAGUUUCUGCUCCGACAAGAUCUGGGAUCUACCAGAAUUCAUACCAGGUAUUAUCAUACAGGGUCACGAUUGGCAUCUGAUUAUCACGACGGCGGAUGGGGAAAAGACGGUAUUCUGGCAGAAGAAGUCGAUUGGAGAUACAUCGAGUUCAAAAGGGAUUUAUCAGAUUAUUUACAAUUUGCAGCUGUUACGGCAGUGGGCUCAAGAGGGUUAUUGGAAGUGGAUGAAGGAUCUCUUGCUUAAUUGGCCACGAACUGAAGCAGGAUUGGUUUUUUGA